CAUAAAACAUCAUAAUACGUUGAGUUAGCUGCACUUCCAUUUUCACUUCCUCUUAAAAGAAAAAAAAGAAAAAAAAAAAAAAGAAAGAUAGAAAGAAAGAAAAGAGAGAGAUGGUAUUUUUAUUUAAUUUUUAUAUGGGCUAAUACGUGAAGUGGAGUAGCUAAAAAGGGUAAAACGGUAAUACCGGUGGUGGGAAAGAAGAAGGAAGGGAUGGCAGCAGCCAGCAGCACACUGCAGGUGAGGUGAGAGAGAGCCGUUGAGAGAAAGGGCAAAAUGGGAAAGAGUGAUAUGAAAGUUUUUACAACAAAAGCAACCGUGUGGGCAGGUGCUGGUUAGCGCAGUGAAGGCUAAGGAAAAUGAUAGUGGUUGUUGUCUUAACAGUUACCACUUCCUUUACUUUGCUACUACUGCUGCUACUUCUAAUAUCCCUCUCUUUUGCCGCUAUUUCCCCAACUACCCCUUUUCUUUUCUCUCUCUAAGACCAAAACUAAACCAAAAAAAAAAAAAAACAAUCUUUUGCAUUGUUUAUGCUUAGCCUCAGCUUCUCUUCUUGCUAUAGCCUACACUGUUCUUGUUGUUAUUGUUGUUGCAGUAUCGCUUUCUUGUCCUGAAAUUCUCCAUUUUCUUCAGACAAUGAGAACGGGUUCUUUUCACAGACUACACUAGUGAUAUUUUUCACUUUCUUUUACCUCUUAUAUUUUUCUCUCUCCAUCUAUCUCUCAUUCUUUAAAUUCCUACUCUCAAAAUCUUCCAUUUUUCUUGAACAAUGGAAGCUCCUCCUUCUCCUUCCCCCGGUGUUCCUUCUUCUCCUGGUACUAAUAACAGUAGUGCAGCUGCAGAGGAUUGCUGUGUUAAAGUUGCUGUUCAUGUCAGACCACUCAUCGGCGAUGAACGUGCUCAAGGCUGUCAAGAUUGUGUCACGGUCGUAUCAGGAAAGCCUCAGGUACAGAUAGGCACUCAUUCAUUUACGUUUGAUCAUGUUUAUGGGAGCAGCAGUUCUCCCGCAUCUGCUAUGUUUGAAGAAUGUGUUGCUCCACUAGUUGAUGGCUUAUUUCAAGGAUAUAAUGCGACAGUUCUUGCUUAUGGUCAGACGGGAUCAGGGAAGACGUAUACAAUGGGCACCGGAUUUAAAGAUGGUUGCCAAACAGGAAUAAUUCCUCAAGUCAUGAAUGUUUUGUACAGCAAGAUUGAAACUUUAAAGCAUCAAACUGAAUUCCAACUGCAUGUUUCUUUCAUUGAGAUUCUAAAAGAAGAAGUACGUGAUUUGCUGGAUCCGACUUCUUUGAACAAGCCAGAUACAGCAAAUGGGCACACGGGAAAAGUAAAUGUCCCUGGGAAACCACCAAUACAAAUUCGCGAAACAUCAAAUGGUGUCAUAACACUAGCAGGAUCUACUGAAGUUAGUGUCAGUACGCUCAAAGAAAUGGCUGCUUGCUUAGAACAAGGAUCAUUGAGCAGGGCAACAGGGAGUACAAACAUGAACAAUCAAUCAAGUCGUUCGCAUGCAAUCUUCACCAUCACACUAGAGCAAAUGCGUAAGCUUAACCCUGUAUUCCCUGGCGACAGCAGUCCUAAUGAGGGCAUGAAUGAAGAGUAUCUAUGUGCCAAGCUGCAUUUAGUAGAUCUUGCCGGUUCAGAGCGAGCUAAAAGAACUGGUUCUGAUGGUUUGCGUUUUAAGGAAGGAGUUCACAUCAACAAGGGCCUUCUUGCGCUUGGUAAUGUUAUUAGUGCACUUGGUGAUGAAAAAAAGCGGAAAGAAGGUGUUCACGUGCCUUAUCGGGAUAGUAAAUUGACUCGACUUUUGCAGGACUCACUUGGUGGUAACAGCAAAACUGUUAUGAUAGCUUGCAUUAGUCCUGCUGAUAUUAAUGCUGAGGAAACUCUUAACACUCUAAAAUAUGCAAAUCGUGCUCGCAAUAUCCAAAAUAAGCCUGUGGUGAAUAGAGAUCCUAUGUCCAGUGAGAUGCUAAGGAUGCGCCAACAACUAGAGUAUUUACAGGCUGAACUUUGUGCCCGAGGAGGAGGUUCUUCAUCAGAUGAAGUUCAGGUCCUCAAGGAAAGGAUUGCUUGGCUUGAAGCUGCUAAUGAGGAUCUUUGUCGGGAGCUUCAUGAAUAUCGCAGCAGAUGCACUGCUGUGGAGCAACGUGAAACAGAUGCUCAAGAUGGUAGCACCUGUUACGUAAAAACUGAUGGGCUUAAGAGGAGUUUGCAAAGUAUAGAGUCGACAGAUUAUCAAAUGGGAGAAACCAUGUCAGGUGAUUCCAGGGAAAUAGAUGAAGAGGUAGCAAAAGAGUGGGAGCACACGCUCCUGCAGAAUACAAUGGACAAAGAGUUACAUGAAUUAAACAGGCGAUUAGAGGAGAAAGAGUCAGAAAUGAAACUUUUUGGAGGUGUUGACCCAGCAGCUCUCAAGCAACACUUUGGCAAGAAAAUAAUGGAAUUGGAGGAUGAAAAAAGAACAGUGCAGCAAGAGAGGGAUCGUUUGUUGGCUGAAAUUGAAAAUAUUUCAGCUAGUUCUGAUGGUCAGACACAAAAAAUGCAAGAUAUACAUGCCCAGAAAUUAAAAGCACUGGAGGCACAGAUUCUGGAUCUGAAGAAAAAACAAGAGAACCAGGUUCAGCUUUUAAAGCAAAAACAAAAGAGUGAUGAAGCAGCAAAGAGAUUACAAGAUGAAAUUCAAUCCAUAAAGGCACAGAAGGUUCAGUUGCAACAUAGGAUCAAACAAGAAGCAGAACAAUUUCGACAGUGGAAAGCCUCUCGCGAAAAGGAGCUGCUGCAGUUGCGAAAGGAGGGGCGAAGAAAUGAAUAUGAAAGGCAUAAACUACAAGCUUUAAACCAGCGCCAAAAAAUGGUUCUUCAAAGAAAGACAGAAGAGGCUGCAAUGGCCACCAAGCGACUGAAGGAGUUGCUUGAAGCUCGCAAAUCUUCUGCUCGUGAAAACUCAGCUAUUGCUAAUGGAAAUGGAACAAAUGGACAGAGCAAUGAGAAAUCCUUACAACGUUGGGUUGACCAUGAGCUAGAAGUCAUGGUGAAUGUGCAUGAAGUUCGAUUUGAAUAUGAAAAACAAAGCCAAGUACGAGCUGCACUUGCAGAAGAGUUAGCUGUGUUGAAGCAAGUGGGUGAAUUUACCUCAAAGGGCUUAAGUCCUCCAAGAGGAAAGAAUGGUUUUGCCAGGGCUUCUUCCAUGUCACCAAAUGCAAGAAUGGCCAGAAUAUCUUCACUUGAGAACAUGUUAAGCAUAACAUCUAAUUCACUUGUUGCAAUGGCUUCACAACUUUCGGAGGCAGAAGAACGAGAGCGUGGCUUCACUAACCGUGGCCGUUGGAAUCAACUACGUUCAAUGGGAGAUGCAAAAAACUUGCUUCAGUAUAUGUUCAACUCUUUGGGAGAUGCAAGUUUUCACAUAUUGAGCAGAUGUCAAAUAUGGGAGAAGGAAAUGGAAAUCAAAGAAAUGAAGGAACAAUUUAAAGAACUUGUAAGUCUCUUGCGACAAAGUGAGGCACGGAGAAAGGAAGUAGAGAAGGAGUUAAAACUGAGAGAGCAGGCUGUUGCAAUUGCCUUGGCUACAUCAGCUUCGGCGGGUCAUGAACAGGGAAACUCCCCCAUUUCACUGAAACAUUUUGCUGACGACAUGAGUGGUCCCUUAUCUCCAAUGUCUGUUCCUGCACAGAAACAGCUAAAAUAUACUCCAGGAAUUGCUAAUGGAUCAGUCAGAGAGUCAGCAGCAUUCAUAGAUCAGACGAGAAAGAUGGUACCUCUUGGGCAUUUGUCAAUGAGAAAAUUAGUAGUUGCAGGACAAGGUGGAAAGCUAUGGAGGUGGAAGAGAAGUCAUCACCAGUGGCUUUUGCAAUUCAAAUGGAAGUGGCAAAAGCCGUGGAGACUGUCAGAAAUGAUUAGACACAGUGAUGAGACUAUCAUGAGGGCAAAGCAUCGACCGCAUGCUCUGCCACGUGUGGUGUGAUUCUCUGUUCACUAGAUUAUUCUUUCCCAAUACUCAUCUUUGACCUAUAAGUAUGAUCCGUCCCAUGCCACAGAGCAGACCUACAACCAGAUUGGUGUAUACUUCGUGCAAGGUUAUCUUCAAUCCUUCUCUUUUCCUCGCAAGGGUAGUUUGUGCCUGUGCGUGCUAUAGGUAACCAGUGCUGAAAAUUUUAUCUAAGAAUGCACUAACCUAGGCAGUUGGCUUUCUCCAUUAUGUUAAGCGGCUGCAACACAAAUCUUCCAUUCAGAGUCAGGAAACUGCAGCUGAGGAAAUUACCUUCCUGCUAUGGUUGUCAAAUUGCUUACUGGAAAAAUAGCUAGCUAGCAUUUUACCAAAGUACAAAACCAAGUUAUAUAUAUAUACUUAACAAAGAUCCACAAAAUAUCAUUUCAGUGAAAAUGCCCUUUUCCUGUAUGCAGUGCUGGGAGUGGCUGUUGUGGAGCUCUGCUUAUGGUUGUCUUGGAUGAGCUGAUUUUGAAAAAUUUAGGUUUGUAAUUUUGGGAUUCUAUUGCUGUGAUUAGUGCGCUUGGAGCAUCUUGUAGAGCACUGUUAAUGCUGCCGAUAAUUUAGCCAAAUAUUUACGAGGAUCCGGAGGCCUGAAAUGGUGCUAGUAGUGAUGAUACACUGGUAAAACAAUAUCUUCCCCAGAUUUAUAAUGUUUUGGUAUAUAUCAAUAUAUAUAUAUAUAUGAAUAUAUAUGUUGUGUCAAUAACAACAGUUUGAGGGAAAAAAAACUGUCCCAUCAAGUAUAGAAAUGUAUAACAAAGGUCUAGUCUUCUUUUUUUCUUUUCGCUUUUCCACAAUUGUAAGUUUGUUUCUAAUUUGUUCCAACGUUUGUUAUGUGUAAGCACAAUAUUGAUUCCGUUGAAAGGAUUGCACCUUGUAGCAUUUCUGUCUCAGGACAAGAAGCACAAAGAUGUUGUAGAUUUUAACAUUUACCGGGUGCAUCGAUUGUAUGUACAGAUAAGAAUGAUUUUGUUCCCCCUGUGUACAACUGUUACAGACAGUAACCGAUGAACUAAGUGCAAACUAUGACAUUAUAUUGAUACAGUUAAAUAAUUUUUAUUUUA